CCAACUUUUUACUUUUAAUUUAAUUUAAUUUUCUAUAUAUUUAGAUAUCAAAUCAAAUCAAAGAAACCAAAAACGAAAGUCCAAAACCCUCUUCACGAAAAAGGUCUCAACAGCAAACCCAAAACCCAAACCCAUUUCCCACCUUUUCAUUGUCUUCACCAAAAUUCCCACUUGUUUUAGCUCAAACGCACUAAAACCCACUUCCCAAAGCAUCAUGUCUCCUUGUAGAAUGCCUUUCUCUUUCUUGUUUCUCCUCAUUUUGGCUAAUGUGAUCACUUCUAUUGAAGCAACUUCACCGACCCCAGAAAAUGGGCCUUCCUUGGAGGAGAAGAGGAGCCAAGAGAGCUUGAUGGUGCCUUUAAUGGAGGAUAAAUUUGUGAUGAUGGUGAAUGAAACAAGAAGAAAGCUCAAUAGUUUUCGGAUAUGUGCUCUUUGUACUUGCUGUGGAGGAGCAAAAGGGAUGUGUUUGCCAUCUCCUUGUUGCUAUGCAAUUAAUUGCAACAUUCCAAAUAGGCCUUUUGGAUUCUGUUCUUUCACUCCCAAGACCUGUAAUUGCUUUGGCUGUCAUCUCUGAGUAAAAUCUCUUUUCAUAAAAAAUUUAGUUUUAGUCUUUGUUUGGGAGUGUGAAAUGGGGAAGAAAGAAAGAAUAUCUGUUCUUGAUUUGUUUGUUUGUUUAUAAUUUUUGUCAUAAUUUAUUGUUGUAAGUGUUAGCAAGUAGUAUUAUUAUUUGGGGAUUU